ACAAAUGAGUAGUAGUACAAUAAAACAGAAAAUUUUGGUUUAUCGCUUGAUAAUCAAAUAGAUAGAGGUUUUGAAUUCUACAAUAUAUAUUUUUGCAUUAGUUUCUUUAUUCAUCCAGAAAGCUGCUAUGGCAUAUCAAACGUUGCGGCAGGAAUAUUUCCAGAUACCGGUAGUUACACGAGCAUAUACGACGGCAUGUGUAAUCACAACAUUGUCUGUUCAUUUGGAAAUCGUGACACCGUUUCAAUUAUAUUUUAACCCAACAUUAAUCCUGAAACACUACCAAUUAUGGCGACUAGGAACUACAUUCUUGUUUUUCGGAACAUUUGGCUUCAACUUUCUAUUCAAUAUGAUAUUUACUUAUAGGUACUGUCGUAUGCUGGAAGAAGGUUCUUUUCGAGGCAGAAGUGCAGAUUUUAUUAUGAUGUUUCUGUUUGGAGGAGUCGUCAUGAUCAUAUUUGCAUUCUUCGUUAACCUGCUAUUUCUGGGCCAAGCUUUCACAAUAAUGUUGGUGUAUGUUUGGUCACGCAGGAAUCCCUUCAUUCGGAUGAACUUUUUUGGAAUACUUAACUUCCAGGCACCAUAUCUACCGUGGGUCUUGCUAGGAUUUUCAGUACUCAUCGGAAACACUAUAUGGGUAGAUCUGAUGGGUAUCGUUGUAGGACACAUCUACUAUUUCUUGGAGGAUGUAUUCCCAGAUCAAAUCAAUGGCUUCCAUAUUCUGAAGACCCCCCAGUUUUUGAAAAACAUUUUUGAUGAACCAAUUGAAGAUGCAGACUACACCGCAUUACCGGAAGAUCGCCCUGGUGGUUUCAAUUGGGGUCGAGAAGAGGCGAACAAUGCAAAUGAAGCACAAAAUAACGAACGACGGAAUGAUAUUUGAAUGAAGCGGUAUAAAACCAUUCUUCAAUAGUUUCUGUUUUGAAACUUAAGCACAUACACAGUUUGCCGGAUGUUGCUGCAUAAUAAUGUGCUCAGACUGAAUGGUGACAAAUUAUUGUU